AUGGCACAUGCCAACCUGUCCCAUCGCCGGACCCAUAAUCUCCUUCUGAUCUCCAAGCUGUUAAACCAGCGGGACCAUGCCUCACCACUGACGCUGGUCCUCGACACGCUCGAGCAGCCCGCAAAGCCUCUGUUGCGCGAGUAUUUGCGCAGAGCCCGGCUUUCACGAACGACAACGAUACUCUUGGCCUUCGAGACCUUUGUGAAGCCGCGGGAUGUCGAUUUCUUCCUUGAGUGCCACGACUCAACCAAAGUCCUGGAUACGGUUGCAAGGAAAGUGUCAGAAGUGAUGCGGAAAAGUGGAAACAAGAGGUGUUUGAUUUUGAUUGACUCACUAGCGACGUUGGUGUCGAUGUCGACGAGUCCAACGUCGAAUCUGAACCUGACGGCGUUUCUCUCAUCACUACUCCAGCCGCCACCACAGGCCGGACAGGCUGAACAAGGACAGACACCUCAAAUCUCGGUGGUUGCAGUCUACCACACUGAUAUCCCACUCCCCGCCCCAUCAGCAUCGCCUGGUUCUGCAUACCCAUACUCUCCUUCGCCUUUCGCGCUACUCUCAUACCUCGCCACCACCAUCAUUACAGUGCACUCGCUAUACGUCCUGUAUUCGGAAACGUUGGCUCAAGCAAAGUCGCGGGUGGCGCCUGUAUUCGGCCUGGGCGAAGAAAUCGAGGGGGUCGUCAUCGGACUGAAGCCGAAAGGAGUUGCCGUGAAGCCUGAAGAGCAAGGCAUAGUCCUAGAGUUGGAGCAUCGGCGCAAAAGUGGAAGAGGCGUGCUCGAAUGGAUUUUCUUGCCCACGGCAGUGGAUAGGCACCAGAGUGGCGCGCAGGCGGUCCGGGAGAUCGCCACUUUGCUGGACGACCAUCCUCUGUUCCGCAAAUCCAAGGAGGAGGAAACCCCGGAGCAGGCCUUGUCGGGCAUGACGUUCGAGCUGGGCUUGACAGAUCGACAGAGACUAGAGCGUGAGGGAGUCGUGCUGCCGUACUUCGACGCCCAAAAAGCAGGCGGCGGAGAAGGUGGGAGGAUUUUGUACGAUAUGGGGGUCGAGGACGAUUUCGACGAGGAGGAAGACGAGAUAUGA